AUGACUGUUGCCAACGGCACUCCCGCUACGCCACCACAACGACCCUCUCUCCUCGCUUUCCAAAAGAACACCAGAAAGCGUUGGCCCCCCAUGGCAAACCGCAAUGCCCUCCCAUACAAGCUCACGGUCAUCUCCAAGGAGAAAUUGGCCCGUGAAGCUACUGCUCCAGACCCAGACCUUCGCCGCUGUGUAGCACACUUCCGUCUACACUGCGGUUCCGUCCUCUGGACCGAGAACGACAUGAAGUCUCGCAUUAGCUCCUUUGAAUUCGAGGAGUCCGAGUCCGAGUCUGAGGACGAUUUCGACCACAAGAAGAUGAACGAGAUCAAGCUGAGACAAAAGUCCCAAAAAUCCCAAAACACCAUCGUUACGGUGCAAAUUACGCCCGAAGACAAAGAACCUCUCAUCACAUCAUCUGAGAUCCUGCCUGAGAGUGAUCUUUCCGAAAAAUACAUGGAUCGCAAUCUAUGUGCUGUUACCGUCCAACCCAUUGCCGCCUAG